AUGUCCGGUCAAGAAGAAUUCGACAGUGUCGAAGUAGCGCUGAAGAGUUGUCUCAAAGGCAGGGACUAUGAGGAAGUUCGUCGUAUUCUCUACGGAAGGGAACAUCCGGAGCUGCAAAUUCCUCCAGAGGCAAAAUCAAGAGCAAACGAGGGAAACUUCGAACUGCAAGCGUAUGAAAUAACAGCUCAGCCUGAGCAGCUUCGACCUCCUAGAAUAGUACGUGUAUUUUAA